AUGAACGCUGUGGCAUGCGGUCUCUCUCGGCUCGACGAAACAAAACAACAACUAGGACCCUCAGUCGCAAGGAAAAUAGCCCAACUCUGGAUGGGGUACCUCGACUAUUUGGAAGAAAAUUAUGUUCUGAUGGUUUUAUAUUUCUCACAAAGAGGAAGCAACACUAAGUUCCUUGUGCAAGCAUACCGCCACCGUCUCGCGCCAAUCUUUCUCCAGACGCUGCCCUUCUCCCGCUGCUGCCGCCACCGCCACCAAUCUUCUCUCUCGCGCACCAAAUCUUCUCCCAUUGCUGCCCCAAAGCUCUCCCGCUGCCCCAAUCUAGUGCGCCACCACCAAAGCUUCCUACCGCUGCCCCAACCCAUCCAAUGGGGUGCCUCCCAAAUCCACUACCCUCGCUGGAUCUUCAAGCACCCCAAGCCAAGAACCACCCAGCCCUACCUAUUCCUUUGCCCCCAUCCCAAUUUCAUGACCCAAGUGGGCCGUCGAGGUGGCAAGAAGGACCUGCGGAGGAGGCGAGGAGAACCUUCUAGGGUGCUACAGGAGGCGAGGGAGGUGCUGAUUUGGAUGAAAGAAGGACCUGCAGUGGAGGCAAGGAGAACCUGCAGAGGUGCUGGUGGCCUGCCGUUGCCCUGCGGAGGUGCUGGUGGUCUGCCGUUGUCUUGCAGAGGUGCCAGUGGCCCGUCGUUGUGUUGGCAAGAAGACAUUGGACUUAGCUUAGAUGAUAUCACGAUUAGUGAUGGCUUUGAUGAGAUCAAUGAUCCAAAUGAAAUUUCCAUGCUGAUCAAACAACGAAAUGGUGUGACAGUAGACAAUGAGCCACCAGUUGAAGAACAUGAGGGAAUUUUCAUUUUACUUAUUUUGCAAAUGUUCACACAAUCAUAUACAUAUACACACAUUGGACAGGAAAAAUACAAAGCUAAGGCCAUUGAGUUAAAUGGACCGGAUUUUGAUUGGUUGCACUCUUCGGUGGAUCCUAGAGCUCUCUAUGAAUGCACUUGUGGUAGGCCACAUGGCAAAUGGGCCACUUUUAAUGGGACCAUCAAUGAUAGAGAAGUCCUUGCUGAUUUGAAAAGAGGUCGUGCCUCGAUCAUGGCUGCUAGGCAUCAACGUCAAGAGGAGGAGGACCGUAUGAGGAAAGAAGCAAGUGAUGGUCGUUUGGCUAAGGAAUAUGCCCAAAAUAUGUUGAAUUGGGCAAGAAUGGCACAUACUCAUAAUGAAAACAUGCAAAAGUUUAUGGAGUCGGUUGCUCUCCAAACUGGUAUGCCUCUCGCAGCUGUUCCUCCUCUCAUGCCUCCCCCACCUCAGCCUCCAACAUAUGCUAUUUCGCCUACUCCAAAUCUGUCUCCUGAAAAUGUCGGUACCUUUGGCUCAAGUGUUAGAACCGAAACUCCAGAUGAAACUAUAAGUAGGAUUGCUCGUGUAGAAUUCCAUAGCCAUGCAGAUGGAACUCCAAAUGGAGUGGAUGGAACAGCAAGUGGUGGAGGCACAUAUUCUCCUCCGGACGAAGCAUUUCCGUUCUUUUGA